AUGCUCGAGUGUCUCAAGCUCUAUGCUGGCCCUCAACACUUGAUAGCCAAGCGCAAGAAGCGCGUCGCAGAUUACGCCCGCCUUCAGGCGAUGCAGCAAAAAGGUCAGAAGCCUGAUGCCAAAACCGCCGAAGCCGCAGAAGUCUACGAAGCGCUCAACGAACAACUCAAGCUCGACUUGCCCCGACUUUACACGUUGCAGUCGGAGCUGGUGAGAGCAUGUCUAAACACUCAUGUCUACCUCCAGUCUCAAUGGUGGUGGUUGUGGAAGGAGAAGCUCGCACCUGUUGUUGACUUUGCCUAUGCUCGUUAUGCUGACAUCGAGCCGGAAUUCGCUGGAGAGUAUGAGUUUGUUCACUCGCAGGUAUUGUCGCUUGGUGUCUGUAAUGGUGCAUUGCUUGCCGACACUUUCAACUUCCUGUCACCACAGACCACCCUGGUUGGCGAUGAGACCGUCUCCUCUCAAGCUUCCACAAGACGUCCUUCGAUUCUGCCAAACGGUCAUAGAACCAUGUCUAUCGGCAGCGAAAAUCAGCCACUAUUCACUCCUAGUGACUUCAACAAGUCUUUCAAUUCAGCAAUGGCAUCUCCAGUACUGCCUGACUCAGGUCAGCCCGGCUAUUACGGUAGGAUGCGAUCCAGCUCGUCCCUGUCUACUCGUGGUCGCACUCCUAGUGUGGGUGCGAGCCAGAACAACAGUCUUCCCCCGUCUCGUAUGCCGAGCGUCGUACCCAAAGCUUCGUUCUCAGCCAGCAGACCUUCAACUGCCCAGCGUCCUGCAGAUUUGAAGAGCAUGUCUUCGCGCAUGAGCUUCGACACGGCAAAGCGUAGCCCUAGUGUACGACCUGGUUCCGCGGUGAGCUCGCAAACUCAGCAACAAGAACCGCGCUUUUCUGGAAUGUUCAACUCGGCUAUGCCUAUGUCUGAUGCUCCUGUUAGUCCUGGUCCAAUGUCGCCGCAGCAUGCACCAAUGGAUACUCCUGUGAUGUUCGUGGCUGCUAGUCUUUUUGAGUUCAACAUUGAUCGAGCCAGACGCGAAGCAGGUUACCCAUACUUGACCUACGUUGAAGGCGAAGUGUUUGACGUUGUCGCACAAAAGGGCGAACUUUGGCUUGCAAAGAACCAGGAUGAUCCCACCAAUUCACUUGGAUGGAUUUGGGAACAGCACUUUGUUAUCCUCUCACAAGAAUCUUAG